GAAUCGAGGCACUAAAUCGCGCACAUUCAACGCAGAUUAGGGUUGGACCAAAUUAAGCGACCAAAGUUGGAUUUUCAGUGUGACAACUUCAUCAACCGAACGAUCUCACCCAUCAACGCCCAGUCUCUCCACCGUCAACUAACCCCCAGAGACCAUCACGACAAUCGGCAAAAAUGGCGGACAACGACUCCCCCGUCACCCUCCGAACUCGCAAGUUCAUCCGCAACCCUCUGCUGGGCCGCAAGCAGAUGGUCGUUGACAUCCUCCACCCCAACCGUGCCAACAUCUCCAAGGAGGAGCUCCGUGAGAAGCUCGGUUCUCUCUACAAGGCCCAGAAGGACCAGAUCUCCGUCUUCGGUCUCCGAACCCAGUUCGGUGGCGGCAAGACCACCGGCUUCGCUCUCGUCUAUGACUCUCCCGAGGCCAUGAAGAAGUUCGAGCCCCAGUACCGAUUGGUGCGGGUUGGUCUCGCCACCAAGGCCGAGCGUGCCUCCCGACAGCAGCGCAAGCAGCGCAAGAACCGACAAAAGACCCUCCGUGGUACGGCAAAGGUCAAGGGUGCCAAGGCCAAGAAGGAGAAAUAAACGACUCGAUGACUUGGCUUGGGCUUGUGUAUAUCCUCGGGCUGGUUGGGGAGCAGCUAUGGCUGCGUGCAUGCGGUGGUGCGUCCAUUUACGGUCCAUCCUCGUCGGCGUCGGCAUCGGCAUAGGGUACAGGGACUUGCUGGGCGGAACGGCGAGGGGCUACUCUGGACUCGAUGAGGAGGAUUGCUUUCACCGGCGUCUUUUCUCAAUUACACUAGCAUGAAAUCAAUGGUGUUCUUCGGGUUUCGGACCAAAAUCAAAAAUAACAACGUCUCUGGUUUACGCGGGUUUUCACAUUUUGGCUCUACGGUUCGUGAAUGCGUGACUCAUUACUUUAUAUCACUGCGAAAGAAAGGUAUGCAAGCGAAAACCAAAUGUCUCUAAUCAAUCAGAUGCCGCCCAGCAGCAUGAGGGUAUCAACACGUCUAUCCAAAACUCCAAACUCCACCCAAUGCAUCUUCAAAUCAACUCUCACCACAAUCCUCCAUAUAUCAACAUAGCCAAACCCAAUGCGAUCCCCACAACGACCUUCCAGUGCACAAUCUCAGCUUGUCGGCCCUCAGCGCCAGCCUUGUACACGGGGAUGUGCCAUCCACAGCGCUCCUUUCCAUCUCUUGUCUUGCAUUCGUAGUAUGUUGUUUGCGCCCAGCCCAUGCUCGCCAGCUGCUCUGCUUGAUCGGGGGCAGCUGUGACGGGAGGGUUGAAGACAGAUGGGUUGGCGUUGUUUCUGUCUUGUCUCUCUUCGAAGAAUGAACCGCCGGGAAGAUCUGGAAGACCUGUUGUGUCUGGGAGACCGGGGGAGAGUGUAGGUGCAGGUUGAGGUUCUGGGGUCUGUGUAGGUAGACAGAAGCCCAUAUUCAACAUAGCGAGGAGGGUGAAGAUGUAGUUGAGAGGUAACAUGAUUGCGGUAUUGCUUUGCUUUGAAGUUUGUAUGCUUGUAUAUCCAAAAUAUCUCGUAUAAGUUGGUUGAUUUCUGUCCCAAAG